AUGUCGCCCGGCGAUGUUUCAGGCGCCUGCUUCCGCCGUCGGUUCUCAAACGAGAGCGAGGUUGAAAUUGGGACCUGCGACUGCGCCGAACACGACCAAAUCUUUUACUGUCCUCUCCUCUCAUCCUCUCUCAUUUUCGCAAUCUCCAUCCGCGCGCGCUCGGCGAUCACGACACCCACGACCUUCCCUUCCAUCAGCGCAACCCACCACUCCUCGUCCACCCGCUCGACCCUACGUACGUCAUCUCAUUCCGAGCAAAGCCCCGUGCGGCUUGAGCUGGCCCGCGCCUCCCCUCCUCCGGAUCCGUGCCGAGAAGAGCGAUCCCCUUCGACCUACGGCCAACGUCCUUCGGAUGCCGCCACUCAACCCCUUUUGAGCGCCUUCUUCAAGAGUCCCCUACCGGCCCAGUGCGCGCAAACCCAGCACUACGUCCUUCUCGUGCCCACGACCGAAACCCUCCUUACUCACCACGAAGCUGAGACCAAUGCGACCGCCCACGAGAUCCUACUCUCCGAGGAGUUCAUAGCGAGCCAUGUUCUCAGGAUACCUAGCGGGAACGCCGCCAAUGGUGCAGCGGCCCCGGAGCCCUUGCCGAACCUGAGGGAUAUGAGAGGCAAGGCGAAGCAGUAUAAUACUAUCAAUGGCAGGAAUGUGGUGAUCAAGGAUGGUUUUGUGUACAGCAAUAAAGCGGACGAAUUCAACCUCCUCUCCCCUGCGGAAUCCAGCGACCGCCCUGCCAUUGGACGAAAGAAGGACAUUAGGUAUUUCCAUGACCUCCUAAAUCACUUCCCCAUCAUUGCGAGGCAUAUGCAACCGGGGCUAGAGAGGCUUUUCCGGGACUUCACUUCCGCUUUUCAACAUCCGCUGCCCCCACCUCCAUCCGCCCAGACUAUACCUGACCCGGACUCCGAGGCUGCCGAUGCGGUGGGUCCGGUCAUUGGGCCCCCUGAGGUGAAUGGCGUAGAUCAUGCGGCGGCGGGAAACUCGCUGGUGAAUUCUGACUACACCAGCGAGGAGUCGUUGCCAGUGACGGAGGACUUUUACGCCGAAGAUGACGAAGAUGUCAUGAGGGCCACCUUGAGAGCGCAAUCACCGCCGGGAUCGACAUUUUCCAAACUCACGGGGAGCAUUGUGGAGAAGCUCCUUGAACGCUACGUGGCCGAGAACGUCCACCACCUCCUAUUCCCGAAGCUCUGCGCAUUAAAACGCCCGUACGAUCUCGAGCUCGAAGCCAAGAUUCGAAUAAUGGAGAAUAUCGACGUCUCGCAGCUCGGCGUGGAGAUCCAAAACGGAAUCAAGGGCAAGCAUGACCUCAUCAUCCAGCUCGGUGUCGCCAUCGAAGAGUUUAAAAAGAUGACGGGCGCUAUGUGUCCUCAAGAGAUGCUGUCGCUUCUCGUCACCACCGUGAAGAAUGUUACCAGUGCUGCCGAGGGCCGCCCCUGCCAAGGCCAGCCCGGCUCCGACGCCGCAUCCGAGAAGCCUCUGAUGAUGGUCAACGCCGACACGCUCGUAUCGCUGCUCCUAUUCGUCGUCAUUCGAGCACAGGUCAAGAAUUUAAAGGCGCGGUUCACGUACAUUCGGCAGUUCAUCUUUAUCGACGAUAUUGACACUGGAGAAAAGGGCUAUGCGCUGAGUACGUUUGAGGCCGUGUUGGCCUACCUCGCGCUCGACUCGAGCGGCUUAAGAAGGGCGAGCAAGCGGAACAAGGCGCUUUGGAAUGCCGCGGCCAAGGGAAAUCUCGGCGAGCUUAAGCGAAUCAUGGAGCCGUCUGGGGAUGCUCUGGAGGACAUGUCUGACUCGGAGUCCGAAAUAUUUGAUGCCGGUCCUAACCGGCCUUUGUCGUUUAGCUCAUCAAGGAGGUCGUCGCGGAGACCCUCAGUGACGGAGCUCUUUUCUUCGGGGUCGGGCCUGGGCCACGUUUUCCCCUUUGAAGCCUCUAUACAUGACGAGGGAGGACCUGCGGUUCACUUCCACCACCCGACUCAGACGCCCGCGAAGAAGAUGAAGAAGGUCUCCAUGGACACCCGCAGCAUGUCCAGCAGCUCGGAGAUUUCGUUUCGAUCUCGGGCCACGAGCUUUGGGACCAUCAACAGCGCACUCGAGGCUGACAUUUCGGUCGAGAGGUUAUCGCAGACCCACGACGCCUUUGGAGAGUCGGUAGUCAUGAUGGCCGUUCAGAACGAGCAGGUAGAGGUGCUUCACUACCUGCUUUCACUCCCCCAGCUCUACCCGCUGUCCAUGAUACUAGAGGACAUUAAUAACGAAGACACGACGCUACUGAGCGCGGCGGUGCAAAUGGGAAAUCGGAGAAUCAUUGAUUGUUUGAUGGGCAUCGUGUUCGCUAGCGCCACGCCCCAGCAGAUCGCGCUGUAUCUCACAAAGCAGGAUAUCUGGGGCCGCAGCCUUGGCCACUACCUGUUCCACGCGCCCUACCUCAUCGCCAAGAUCGGGAACGUGGUGCCGUGGCGGCAGCGGGACAAGAAUGGGCAAACACCGCUCUUCGCGCUCUGUCGUUCGUACGACCAGGAAAAGUAUGCGGCCAUGGUCGCGGCAGGCAUCGAUGCCGCGCGGCGAGCGCAAGGGGAUGGCGAGAGGCUGCACCUCGACGACCACGUGGAUAACAAGGGCAAUACUCUGCUGCACAUCGUCACGGACGCCAUGAUGCUGCACCGCAUCCUAGAGCGAUGCGACGUGGAAGUGAACGCGACCAACGACAGGAAAUUUACGCCCCUGAUGCUGGCGAGCAAGUACGGCCGGUACGACCUCGUACGGAUGCUGAUGGCGGACCCACGGGUGGACGUGGCUGCGCGGGAGCUGCGUGGUCUUACGGCGGUGGAGCUGGCCAAGGACGACGACGUGCGCAACAAGUUUGACGACCUGAUGCUCUUUAGCAUGCCGGCGGGGCCCGACUGGCGCAUCACGGGCGUGGUGCGAGCCUUUUUCGUCGAGGACGGCUCGGUGCGGCUCGUGCUCAAGUCGGCGGCGCCGACGCCCGAGGGCAGCAGCUACACGGUGACGACGUGCCGGCGCUCGCUCACGGACUUUGAGGCGCUGGUGGAUCUCCUGUCAGUGGAGAACCCGUCGUCGUGGAUUCCGCCCGUGGCGGUGGCGCGGUCGCCGUUCCAGAUCCCGGGCAAGCCGUCGCGGUCGAUGCUGCGGGAGAUCCAGACGGCGACGGACUGGUUCAUGAAGAUUAUGCUCGCGCACCCGACCUUUGCGGCGCACGAGACGCUGUGGGAGUUUUUCCUCAUGCCCGAGAUCCGGCUGGACACCAUGACGCAGCGGUCCAAGCUCAAGGCCGAGGCGCUGCUGGAAAAGAUUCGGGACGAGAUGGAGCCCGUGGGAGACGUGAGGGAGGUGGAGCAGUUUGUGGAUCACGCGAGGGAGAUGGUGAGGUCUGUGAGCCACUCUGCGAGAAGCGUCAUGAGGAGGACGAGUCGGUUGUCCAACGUGAUUACAGACCUCUACGAUGCGACGAAGCUCUGGCGGAGGGCAGUGAACACACUCGAGUUCCUGCCACAGCCGUACAAACUCGCGAUUGACAUCUACACUCAGUCUCUGGAACCAAGGCAAAAUAAUCCGCACGACACGCUGCAUGCGACGCUGCAGGCGCAGCAGGGCACGAUCUUGGCGCUGCUCUCGGCGCUCGCGCGGCCGCCUGCCCUCGUGGCGCAGAUCCGGGUGGCGCAAAAGACGCUAGAGCGGACAAUGAGCGCGGCGGCGUCGGCGGCGCGGACGGCCUCGUCCUCUUCCUCAUCCACUGGAGGCGGUAGCAAGUCGCCGUGGGCGGCGGCCAUUGGCCUCGGGGGCCUGCUCGAGGAUCCGCGUAAACAACAACGGCAGGGGGCGGAAAGGGAAGAAAAGGUGCGGCGAGCGCGCGAGGAAGUAGAUGACUUGGGGAGGGAGCUGCGCUACGGACAGCAGGUGGUGGCCGGGGAGCUGGCGGGGUGGCAGGACAUGAGGGCGGGGAUGGGCAGGAGGCGCUGCGCGACUUUGCGCGGGGCAUGGUGGUGCAGGAGAGGGUGA